GCUGCCACCACUUCGGCCAGGGACUGCACCAUGUCCGACUCCUUCAGUCUCCCCCUGCGGCCGCUCACCGAGAAGCGCGACCAUCCCGAUACCCUCCCGAUCGAGAUCGCCCAAAUCAACGCCCGGUGGGGAUCCUUCCGCGACAUCAACGAGGAGACCCUCCGAGCCAAAAUCGAAGAGGAAAAGAACCGGGACUCAUGGUCGGACGAAGAUGAAACGGACAAGCCUGCCGAGGAUGUGGACACAACCGAGCAACGGGAACAAUUGUACAAGCGACGGGCGGAGAUCUUGCAAUUCGCCAUGCAGGCGCAUAUGGAAGCCCUGUUCGCUUUAGAUUUUGUCUCCCUCCUCCUAUCCAAACAUACCCCUCGUCAGGCUGAGACUUCCAUGUCCAGUUUUCUGAAACAGGUUGCGCCUCUCGGUUCGCUCAACGCGGAGAUUGUCAAUCCGCCGCCGAAGUCGGAUGCCGCUGUGCAGGAUGUCAAGACGGUGUCGCGGGGCUGGAGAGUGCAGAACUUCAAUGCUGCCGCGAAUAAAUUGCUCAAUUCUGCGACGCGGUUGGAAGGAGAGGUAGCCUCGGAGACGAAAUACUGGGAUGAAGUACUCUCGGUCAAGGAAAAGGGUUGGAAGGUUUGCAGGUUACCACGGGAGAGACAGGCGUUGGGGGUACAAUACGGGUUCCUAGAAGCUACGCCUAUCUUCCGCGAUCGAGGUCUGGCUGCGUUACGAAGGGGCGAGAAUGGGAGCUUGAGACUGGACAAGGGACUGGCACCACAAAAGACACGAACGGUUCGGGUGCGUGUGAAGCACCGCGGUCAGCUCACGGGAUGUUCGAAAUUACCAGAGUCGCCGCCUGAUACGGUCUCGGUCGAGAGGACGAUCCUUCAAGCGCGCGACACCGUCUACGAAGAAGAGCUGUUCCACGAGUUGAUGCGCGAAGCACGUAUCAUGGGCAGCCAGGGAGUUACAACCCGCCAAAACCUGGUUCGACUUCCGAUAUCCCAAGAACAAGAGAUCCUACUGGACUUGGUCGAUGCCGAUGCGCCUGCAGACGAUGCCGAGACGGAGUCUACAGAACAUGAUGUCCUUGCUGACGGGCUCUCCCACUCAAUUAGAAUCCUGCUCGCAUAUGCGCACCGCCAGAAUCUGCGGCGCAGGACACAGCCGCCGCCCGCACUCUCCAACAAGCGUCGCCACACCCCGGAGUAUCAGCUCUUGCGCCCGGUCAUGGCAUAUCUUCAACACAGUGCACAUGUCCGAUGGCUGGAGUCGUUCCUCAAAGAUAUUUAUGGGGUUUUGCGAGCGGCAGGACUCCAGUGUGAGUUCCAAGCAGCGCCCUUUUCAUCCGUUAGUCUUCCUCGGAUGCAUCCUGCUGUUCCAAAAGUAGAAGCACUGGUGCAACAGUUCUUGAUGCCGUUUGAAUCGACCUUCUCCGGCAACCUGGUGACCCCACAGAGCUCUUUCCGAGUGAAGAUCCGUACCAAUCCCGUUACCCCGCCAUUUGGCUCCCUUUAUGAUAUCUCUGUCGAUCUGCCUCACCACGCGCAUGUCCAGCCUCCAAGUCGGGUUGGACUGCAGAGCGACGCCGCUGCUGCUCUCACCCAUGUUUUCAAGUUGGACAUUGUUUCGGCCAUUGCGGCUCAUGGCUCCAAGUCGGCCCCGGAGGGUACCAAAAAAGAAGGCGAGACGGGACUGACUUGGGAGGCAGCAUAUCCACACCAUGGCGAGCUGUUGGCGCUAUCGGCUACUGGCCGGAGCAAGAAACUAAAAGUUACGCUGUCACGAGACGAACUGACCGCCGAGACUUAUUCCAUGCGUGGGAUUGACGGGCAUGGCCAAGCUGCUGGGACCAAGCCCCCAAGUCACUCUCAGACCUGGAAGUCCGAGCAAACGGACUCUCAGCCAAGUUUGAUGGAUUUUGUUGCUGAAGUGUCGCGCGAGCAAUCAUGAAUCCGUGGUCAACCGUCCCCUGCAUUUAGCGAUGGUUAACAUUUCAACGACAUGCUUGAGUGGCAACGCGGGCUCUGGCGAUAUUCAAUGAGUUAGAUAGGCAGAUUUUGUAAUUGAUACCCCAAGCAAGAGUGGCAGUAGCAUGUGAACGUCCAAGCACCCAAUGAAAUCGCCUGUACCGAUGUUCAUGAGGACCUCGACCGCCUGACGAUCGGAGGAGCGGGACGGGUGAAAGGAUACCAUUCACGUGGUGUGAGCUGUCCAUCAACGGUGUCCAGUGACGCAACAACUAGAUGGCAUUCUGCACUUUAGUCACGAAGCAGUCAGUCACUUCCAAGUGGAGGAGCACUCGCUCUGGUGACCGUGUCAGUGAUUCCGACCGGAGUGACCACAAUACGGCCUCGGUGCGGCCCCAUCUGGCCCCUCCCCGCAUUCCGCACAGCAGAAGCAGUCGCCCAAGUCAGAACGAGA